CUAGAGGUGGGAAACGAAAAGUGGACGAAGAAGGAAAUAAAUCUUCAAACGGCAUAAAAACAACUGAAGCGAAUUCUAUCCCCGCGCCGAUGAAAGCCAGUCACCCCUUCGACUUGUUCCGGCGAAAGAUGAUUUUCUACCAGCACGAGGACGUGCAGCUAACGGUGAUCGACCGUUACAAUCUCGAGAAUUUGUUUGUCGAGCCACACUCGAGCGAUUCGCAGCAUCUGCGGCGCGCCCGGGCGCAGAACGUCCCGGAUGUGGUCCCGUCAGACGCGCACGUGCAUGUGGAAGUGAAGAAGUGUAAGUUGACGGAUCACGGAGGUGACUGCAAGCCGUUGAAGGAAGACGGUGUAGUAGAGAGCAGGAAAAGGAAAUGCAAGAAGAAGGAAUUCAGUACGCCGGCGCAACAGAGUGAAAAUAUCAAGCAGAAGUACCUCUUCCUGCUGUUCAGGCCGAGCUCUUUAGCGAGGAGGAAACCGUAUGGGAACAUGCUGCUAGACGACUUGGGGUCGAUUUUCAUGAGCCUGAAAUACUUCGGGUUGGAGAAAAAAGCGGUGGAAAAGGGGUUUCAAUUGAUUCUCCUCGUGGACUCCGUUCUGGAGGAAGAGGAAAAAGCGGUGUUGGACUUGAUCGUGCCGCUACGGAAGUGUCAGAAUUGAAAUUGACAAAGUCGAAAAAUUUGUGAUGCACAAAAUCGAUGUCAGUUGGAGCCUCAGUCUCCAAGUGGCGCAUGACAAAUUUCUGGAGCACCCAAAUCCAGUCCGUCACGCUGUUUGGGCAAAGAAGACUGCUCCUGUCAUGCUACUCUGGCAGCGCGUCGCAUACCCCUAAGCAGGCUUGCAAUCGGCCUCAUUUGCCUGCUCCCCAAUACAGGCCUUCAGUGCCCUACAUUUUACGCAUCACAAAUUUCUCGAUUUUGUCGAUUUCGAUCCUGGCACACCCAUAGCCGCGGAAAUUCGUGUGGACAAGAGUGGCGAAGGGGCGAAACCACGUGGACGCAGACCUGACCUCCUGGGGCGCGGUGAUCGCGCAACGGAGUAGAGAACUGGGCCUGAUAAUGGACGUCGAGGACACAACUACCGAGGAAUGUGAUGCAGAUGAAGCAGACGAAAUCAUAAGCAAACCAUCCGCAUCAAAUAAAGUAGAACCUCCCGCACCGUCAAGAAUAUCUGUGACUGCAAAAGAGCCUGCAGCUUCAUCUCCGUCGAGCAACAAGGUUGUCUGCGUGCAGAAUUUCAUCACCGGUUUCGCGGCCGCCGGGUACGCGAACAGUGACGAAAUUCACAACCACUUGUCCACCCCAGCGUACAAGGAGAUCUACGACGACACCGUCGGUAUGGCGCUGUCUUUAGGCUUGGACCGGGGGGGCACCAGUGUGCCGGAUUUGCUCGGCUUCCGGGAGUUUUUGUACGAUAUGCGGAAGAAGAUGAGGCAGGUCGACGUUGAUGUUUCGGGUGAGGAAAACCAAAACCAAGGGAACUCUGUACAACUAGCACAGGAUACAACUAGCAUGACAAACACCGUGAACAUCCUGGUUGCGCUGCCCUGCUGUCCGGCGGAGUAUUUCUUGAAAGGCGAGGGAGGCCGUCGUGACGAUCAGCCGGCGACGCUUGUAAUGCCUUCUAGAACCACCAGCACCAUAACGCAGAAACUCCCAGGCGCGACCGAGCACUUAGAUUCCGUCGUUGUCGGGAAACCUUUGGUCGCGACUCGGUACGUGCUAGACGAAGACCACGCUGCAAUUCCGGGGAACAGACCUGGGUGUGCGACGUUUGAUAUAAUUGACAGUUCUGCAAGCACUUCGGAAGCAGGAGGACAUCAAACAGGCCCAGGACCCUCACAACUCUCCGGUAGAAAAAAUCCACUGCAGGAUAAGGUCGAGGCAGUUAUCAAAGCGCUAAACUCCGACCUGCCUCCUGAGAGCAAAAAGUUUUCCGUCUCGUUCGUCAAUAGUUGCGAGUUCCUACCGGCGUAUUACUUGGCGAAGGCGAAAUCAGAAUCUGAAUCCUCCACGAAAGGGGCCACUAGCACUUCUCCUUCCUACGCGGCAAAAAUUUUGCAGCAUAUGGAAAACGUCGACAUUCUUUUCACCCUCGCCGGGUUCGACGCGUUCGAGCACGAUGCGUUCGUGACUCAGGCGGUUCUGUUGCCGCAACUCGCGACGAUACUAGCUCCCUACCGGUCGAUGGAGGCAAAAGACAAGGCGAAAAUUGACGAGGCGAGCUUUAACCUGUUCAACAUGGAAAGUCUCUUUCCCAGGCACACGAGGGUUCUACCGAGCCAUCACGGGGCGCUGUUUCAGUUGCGGAGGCUGCUGAGACACCGCGCGUAUUUGAACGUGCAGGAGUUUCCCAUGUACCCCGUGGCGGUAGGAGCAACUGCCACGAGUGGAGGAGGUAAAGGUGCUGCUGUCCGUGUCGAAGAAGAGGAGCAGGCAAGAAUUACGCCGAGUCUCACGGUGUCCUACAAUGUGACGAAGCACCGGAAUUUCCUCAGGAAAGAACUCUUGCGGUAUCAGGGUUUCAAGCUUGGCGUGAAAGAGGAGACGUCAGCUUCUACUUCAAGAGCGACCAACGAGGCGAAAAUAAAAGCACCAAGCGACGAAAACGACGAUCAUCUGACAGAAACGGAAAGACUAAUCCAGCAAAUCGCGACGAAAACUGGCAAGCGCAACCCCUCCCAUUCGCUCGCGUAUUCCUUCUGUGACCAGGAUACCACCAGGACGAACAUUGGGGAGUACUGUCAGGUGCAGAUCUGGUCCGCGGGCGGCUGCUCUAACCUGCCGCUCGCGUUUGGCGGCCCGCAGGACUUUUACAAAUGGUAUUACGCACAGAAUUUUGACACCUUUGUCGAAGACACGACGGAGUGGACGACGAGCUCGGAGUUGCGACACUGGCGAGUCUGCUACGGGGUGAACGUGGAUCCCCAUGUGGUUGCCAGGAAAAAAUCCCUAGAGAAAGAACUGGCGGUGAGAACGUCGUCGAGUGGCUCUUCUGGUGGCGCCGGAGGCGAUAGUAGUACUUUAUCAACAUCAGCUCUUUCAAAUAAAUCGUCUCCCUGGUCCACUUUCACGUCGAAGCAAGCGCAGAGAGAAGAGCUUGCCACUCUCCAAACCGAGGACCUCGCCGCGGGGAUAAUCCACUUGGAUAAGAAAAUUGCGGAGCAAUUCGCGCAAAAGUACAGCACCACGGCGGCGUAUGGAGACGUCGCCGGUUGGCGCCACACACUAGCGGUGAACCAGUACUCACCGGGGUUGUUGGGGGUCUUGAAGCUGCCCUGCCCGCGGAGAUCUUACCAAGUGAAGUUGGAGAAUGUGUUGUCUUUGGACACCGGGAAUAAAGUACUGGAACCAGCAAUCUUCUCCGACAAGGACGAGCCGGCCUUCUCGACCUUGUCGGCAGACCAGACGAACGGCGGCGGGUAUGGCAGGAGUGGCAGGUGCUCGUUGGUGUUUGCGCCGACGGUCGGGUGGGUAGAGGAAAUACUAGGUGAGGAUGAAAAUGAGGAACUGUCACCAGUGAAUAAGGAUGACGAAUAUCCAUUUGACUUAGUAACCGGGAGUGGUCUACUUCAAAAGGGGUCGGCGCUCAGAAAAUCUUCCUCAUCCAGAUCAACAACAAAACCCGUCCUGCUCGCGCGUACCAAAAUGGCGGUGCCAGUGGUUGACGACGCUAAGAUCGUUGCGCGGGAAGCCGGACUCACCACGCAUCUCGACGCGUACUACCGCCCGGAGUACGGGAAUUAUUCUUUCCGGUUUCUGCCGACAGUUGGGUCGUCAUCUGAUCCACGUGAAGUCGCAAAUAGGUGGGAAGACGGGGACUCUGUGGUCGCGGCAGAAGAGGAGGUGUUGAAACGGGCGGUGGAAGCGGAGAUGAAGAAGGCGUCUUCUAGUUCAACAUCAGAGUCAACAUCUGCUUCUUCUCCUCUUGCGCCAACCGAUAUUGAAACAAUUUUGCUGAAGAAAGACGAGAUAGAGCCUGAAACAAAAACAGCAACCACAGCCUUCGAAGAGCUUGUAGUCCCGCCGAGAAUCGAUCUCGGCGCCGACUUCCCGGAAUUCCUGAAGCAGCACCUGCUCCACGCGCUUGCACACCGCAACCGACACGGUGCGAAGGCAGAGGAUAGAAGUAGUAAGAUGAACAACGAGAUGAAUAAAUCAGGAGCAGCGUCUCUCUCAUCUGCUAAAAGCAAGCAACAAGAAGACUACUCUUCCCAUCUCUGCAACCUCGGCCCGAACUGUUACUUCCAAAACAUUUGCUUUCAGCAAUUCGCGAACCACAACCAGGCAAAGCCGGUCCCCCCGCACGGACACAUGAGCCACAAAAAGAUCACGCUGGAAGUAGAUUUGGCGUAUGCCAUGUCGAGGGAGGAACAUGUGAUCUUGACAACCGCGGAGGACCGGAACGACGUGAAGACGCUGCCGGGGUCGUUUCUGGGGAAAUUGUGGACCAGUGUCAACUACCCGGUCUUGGCGAACCGCAAGGACGAAUGCGCGGAAAUCCGGGUGAACGUGUACAGCAGCAGUAGGAGCAGCGUGUUUGGCAAUCGGGAGGGGAAAGAGGAUGAAAUUUUUGGAAGGUGGGGCAGCUAGUUGCUUUUGUUUAAGUAGUUUUUUUUGCCUAUGUUGUAUGUUGAAACCCGCCCUUGCAGUGGCCGAAAGAUGAAUUCUUGUUGAGAUGUUUUUAGCUGCAUAUACUAGUCCCACCCUGCCCGUUUCAUUUCCAACGUCUUCUUCACAUCAUCAGCCCUUUGAUCGAUUCAGGUUGAACACAGCGAACCGCAUGACCGCAGACCAACUCCGGACCUUCGGCACGGCGGAUUUCAAAACGCUGCUCCACACCGUAGACCGGGUCAACGCGCCGCUGCUUGUUGAGUCCGAGGAAAACAAAGACCAAUUUUACAGCAGGUUCACCCGCGGGCCGGAGGAACUGGACCGGGUCUUUUACCCGCGGAUCAUCGAGCGACACCCGCUGUGGGACUUCCUACGGACCAGCCACCAGAGCAACAGCGUGGAAGAGGGGGAUGAGAAACUGUUGGCGAAGGUACUAGGAUGAAGAAGUGAAGACAACUUAUGAAUGUCGCCUGCAUAAUUAGACUGAUUCAUAUCUUAUCAGGGUGUAGUUGAAGAAGAAGAAGAAGAACAUGCAAAAUGAAAUUCCCAAGACAAGUUUUGUGUCUUUUCUACAUGAACAAGAUCUGCAUGAAUAGAAUUAUUCGUCCAAACAGCGCUGCGCCGACACGGCUUCCUCCGUCGCGAACGACAACGAUCCGCGCACGCCCGUCGCCGUGAUUUUUGGCCGGUACAAGUGCUGCGCGCACAACGUCGGCCAUGUGCUGCUCGAUGAGGCGAUUGCGGUGUACCGGUUCCUGGAGUAUUGGGAACUCUUAGACCACAAGAAGUACAAAAUCUACCUCUUCCUCGAAAAGCUGAAAAACGCGGAGUAUUUUUACCUUACCGCGGACAAGAUCUUCACGUGGGAUGAGCUUCCUAUGGAAGUGUCAGAAUCGAAAUUGACAAAAUCGAAAAACUUGCGAUGCACAAAAUCGAUGUCAGUUAGAGCCUCAGUUUCCAAGUGGCGAGUGAGCACCCAAAUCCAGACUGUCAUGCUGUUUGGGCAACGAAGACUGCUCCUGUCGUGCUACUCGGGCAGCACCUCGCAUACCCCUAAAGACGAGGCUUGCAAUCGGUUUCAUUUGCCUGCUCCCCAAUACAGGUCUCCAGUGCCCUACGUUUGAUGCAUCACAAAUUUUUCGAUUUUGUCGAUUUCGAUCCUGACACAUCCAUACUUCCGAAGUUCGGCUGCUUCAAGCACCUGAUCGCAGGGCAGGCGAGACUGGGGUAUUACAAUCCGUAUGAUUGGCACAAGGGCAUGAAGGACCAGUACGACAUCCUGACCCGGUAUGGGACUGUCAGGAUUGAAAUCGUCAGAGUUGAAAUGAUUUGUCAUGCAUAAAAUGCGAUACAGAAAUUGCCUCUAUUGCAGAGGACGCACGGGAGGCAGACUAUAGUCCUGGUAAGGGUCAAAAGUUGGACUGCUGACUAGCAUGACAGAAGGCAGCUCUUUUGCCCUAAACCGCAUGACAGACUCGCUUCCAGGACCGGGGAAAUUUGUCAUGCGCCGACUACAAACUGUAGGUCUAACUGGUGUCCGUUUUAUGCAUCACAAAUCAUUUCAACUUUGACGAUUUCAAUCCUGACACUCCCAUACCCGGGCCCCCAAGUCCGCACCGUUCGGGAUGUUUUUCCCGUUUCGGGACUACGUCAUGCGGAAGUACAACGUCGGUAAAUAUUUCGGCGGGGUUGUCGAGAACUUGAGAAAAAACGCGAUUAGUGAAGAAGGUGGCGAAGGUCGUCCUGGUCAUGGAUCAUCUGCUUCUUCAUUACAACAAGCACGACGGCUCUACACGGUUUCCAUUUUCCAGAAAGACGCGUGGAAGAGCGAGAACUGCUGCGUUUUCGUGAACGCCGAGGAGUUCCGAGACAUGCUGUUAUCGGACAAAACCCUGCCGAUUAAGGAAGUUAGGUUGAUUAUCGCAAGAAAAAACUGUUUCACUGUGAACUUGUGAUGCAGAGAACGAAACACCAAAGUGUUUGUCUUGCUACACCUGCAACACAAUGGAUUUUUAAGUGUGUUUUCCCUUGGAAAACGCGCAUGGCAAAUUUUCUGUGUCAUGUGUAGCAAACUUGUGAUGCAGAUCUUGCAAAACCAGCACAGUGAAACAGUUUUUUCGUGGGAUAUUGAUCAACUGGGUGCGGAAAUCGAACCUGCCACCGAACCAGAUGUUUGUGAACGAAGAAGACCGGGUGGAAAACAGCACGGGCUUGGAACUAAGUGUGCCGGGAAUGACAGGAAUCGCGCCGGAAUUCAACGACCCAGACAGGCGGCAGUGUCUGAACUCCGAGUAUUGCUGUUUGACGUCGUUUACUUACCCGGAAAUCGAAAUGUACUUUCCGUGUCGACGGCGCACCACUUGCCUUCAUUGCAUGAAAAACAAAAUCGAAAUCAUUUUUAUGCUUUCAUUGUAUUCGCUCGUCUGAACAGGUAUUCGAUGCAGGAGCAGGUGCACCUGAUGGCGACGACGGACAUCUUGAUUUCCUUCUCGGGCGCGGACAUGGGCAACAUCGUUUUCCUCCCGGAGAAAUCCGCGGUGAUCUCGUUUUCGCGCUACAUGGGCUGGAAGGGCGACCCGACGGACACGACGAAACAGCCGGGGUGGCGCACCUCGUUCGAGCUCGCGAGCUGGGGGCGGCACCGGCCGUACCUGAUCCGGAAGGAGUACGCGCUGGAGAUCACCGGGAUGUACAAUUACUACGCCAUUUCGAACGAGGAAAACGAGAAAAAGGCCAACGCCCGCCCGGUCUUCCUGGUCCGGCCGCGGAAGGAGGGCCCGGCGCACACGCCGAAGAUCAACGAGGUGAGCAAGCGGUUUCAGAGCUUCCUGAACGAAACCAGCCACCGGAACGCGCGGGACGGGCGGAUGAUCAAAUUCUUGCACAUGGGAAAGCUGCCGCAGAUCUUGAAGAUGAUCCGCAGCAUCGUGCGGGAGCUGGACGAGGUGCACGGAAUUCACGCGGAUUUGGGGCUGUACGAACACGGGGUGAGAGGGGCGGCGUUGUGAGGAGCCACUAGUUCUUGGUGUGGUUCGCUGGGGCGUGGAAAGAUUAGAAUUGACUAGAGAGGAAUGCAGAUAUUUGCGCAUUUCCGCAAGAGGAAAAGAAAGUAGUAGUUCGCUAGAGUGCAAUGUGAAAAUGAACCUAAUUGGAUUCAACAAUAUACGGAAUGGACAUUAUACAGCAAACACGACGAACACGAAGUGGAGGG